AUGAACGGCAAGUUCUGUUUGUUUGCUUUGAUUUUGGUUCUCUCUUUGGUGCUUUCGUCAUACGUCGUUUUAGCUCAAUCAUACAAAUCCGAAGAAGAGAAAAUAGCAGAAACGAUUCACAUUCGAAAGAUAAUGAAGAUCAGAGCACGUCGUAGUAAGUCGCCGCCCGAUAGCCAAUGGGGUGGGAGUGAGUCGCCAGAAGCCCCAGGCCCAAACGCAGUCUAA